AUGCUCUUCAUCUCACUCGCGGCCACGGCUGAUUGCGGCCCGUUGCCCGAAGGCUCUCUGAACGUCCAAGGCAUCCAACCUGUUCGCGAAAUUCCGCCGUACCAGAUGGACGUCCUUGUGCCUCGUUCGCACAAGGACGGCGUCAGCGGCGCCAUCGCCUCCACCAAGAUAUGGGACAGCAAGAAGACGGCGCUGCUUGCCGCCGCGCUGCCGCAGCUGCACGCACAGCUCGGGCGCAAGCCGGUCCUGCUUGACAUCGGCGCCAACCUGGGCUGGUUCACCAUGCUCGCCGCCGCCACCGACCACGCGCAUGUCAUCGCCAUUGAGGCCAGCGACAGAAAUUCCGCCAGACUGGAGCGCUCUCUCUGCCUGAACGCACACUUCGCGAAGCGUGUCACGCUGCACAAGGUGGGGGUUGGCGCGACGACGGCGGACUGCGCGCUCGUCGCCCGCCGAAGAAACAUCGACUCCCCGUCCGCCGUCUGCGGACAGGGCGACCCAGCGCAUUUCAUGAACUCAUGGGGAUGGUCACGCGGCUUCAGGGACUACGUCGUGACGGGCACGAUGCACAUGACGCGCAUCGAUGACCUCGUCACUUCCCGGGUGGACGUGAUCAAGAUCGAUGUGGAGGGACACGAGCUGGAGGUAACCAAGGGCUGGUCGGCCCUCUUUGAUAUCUCGCCGCCGCGGCUCGUGCUGACAGAGUAUGUGCCCUCGCUCAUCGCGGAGAAGUCCAACACCACGCGGCCCCUCGAUUACCUCCGGUUUUUUCUGCGGCGAGGAUACAGCAUGGUCGAUGACAAAGGGCACCACAUCGCCACCGAAGCGCAGUUGGUGCACUGGAGAGCAGGCUGGAUGAAUGACUUGGUCAUGCGACGCUCGGAGUAG